AUGCAUUGCCCACUCACCAGUCACAAGUCACAACACAUGGCUCCAUCUCUCCGUCCGAUGCAUCUCGUCGUCCUGGUGAUCCUUUCCACUAUGCCCCUGCCUUCUUCGUGGGGUGCCAUGUCCGACAACCAUGACCUGCUGAUGCUCGGCAGGUUCCACAGGUGGAUGUCGACGCACAACCGCACCUACCCCGGCGCCCACGAGGAGCUGCGCCGGUUUGACGUGUACCGCCGCAACAUGGAGUACAUCGACGCUGCAAACGCGGGCGGUGAGCUCGGCUACGAGCUCGGGGAGAACGAGUUCACCGACCUCACCCACGAGGAGUUCACGGCACGGUACACUGGAGGUAAAUUUGUCAUGAACGACGAUGAUUUUGUUGAUGAGAUGAUCAUCACCACUCUUGCCGGGGAUGUCCACGAGGGGCGCGAAACGAUGGAGGACGAGGAUAGCCUGGGACUUCCUGAAAGGUGGGAUUGGAACGAGCAGGGCUUUGUUACACCGGCUAAAAACCAACAGAAAUGCGGAGCAUGUUGGGCAUUCGCCACAGUGGGAGCAGUUGAAAGCCAGCUGAAAAGGAAAACCGGGGAGCUACUGGAUCUAUCUGAGCAGGAGCUACUAGACUGUGACACGACACAGAAACCCGGCGGCUGCAAGGGUGGGAAUCCCUACAGGGCGUUUCUGUGGAUAAAGAGCAAGGGAGGCAUCAUGAAGGAGGCCGAGUACUCAUAUGAGGCACAACAGGGGCAGUGCAGGACCAACAAGGACGCCACCCGUAGGGGCCUGGUCUACCGGGCACAACUACUGAGGUCAGGGGAGAGGUUUCUGCAGGAGGCCGUAUAUACGAUGGGCCCGACGGUCGCCGGCAUCGACACGCACGACCGCAGCCUGCAGCACUUCAAGAGCGGCAUAUACAAAGGGCCAUGCGGCACUGCGCUGGACCACGCGGUGCUCGUGGUGGGAUACGGGGUCAGAGACGGGGAGAAGUACUGGGUCGUCAAGAACUCGUGGGGGCAGACGUUUGGCGAGAAUGGCUUCUUCCUCAUGAGCAGGGGAGCUAAUGGAAACGCCGGGCUGUGCGGCAUCGGGAAGGCGGGCGUCUACGCCCUCGUGUAG